UGCAAAAUAUAUGGGGUUCUAAGAAUACCAAGAGACAAGGUAACAGCAGGGAAAAUGCUCUUUGUCUCUGUGUGACACAGAUCCUUUGUCUUGCGGGUUAGUGAAACAAAGAACCCACAGACUUCAAUAUAAAACAUAAUAAAGUUAUCGUAAAGAUAAUCGGUAUUUAAAACGGCUGGAACCCAUCAGACACGCAAAUACAGCUGAAGUUAUAGAAUUAAACCUAUCAGGAAAAAGGCUUUUCUUGAUCUUCAACACGGGAAUCAGUAAACAAAGAUUGAAAUGUAGUGCAGAAAGUAAACUAAAACCAACAGAAAACACACAUCCCUGUGAGAUCCCUCCGCCUAACUGACUCUGUGUGAGCCGCUGCACCUGUCUCCACGCUGCUUGUCCCUCCGCCUCCGCCGGCCGCAUCAUCUCCUCCUGCAGAGCCAACAGGAGUAGCAGCGUCUCUCCCUCCAGCUCCAAGCUUUAUGUCUGUGAGGGCUGCUCGGCACCGGAGGAGACAUUUUACGGAUGCGCUUCACCUAAUGUGACACAUUUCAUACAAGUGCUCGAAUCACCGGUUGAAGCAAUGAGAGUCUUAGGAGUGAUAAUAGGGAUUUUACAGUACGUGGGACUUUAUAUUCAACUUAACGCAGCUCUCAACGUUGGACACGAAGAGGUGGAUAAUCACAUCUCGGGAAAUGCUCUCUUUACAGAGGUGCCACAUGACAUCACGACGCAGAGCGGUGAGGAUGUAGAGAUGGCUUGUUCCUUCCGUGGGGCAGGAUCUCCCUCCUACUCCCUGGAGAUCCAGUGGUGGUACAUCAAGGACCGGAAAAACUGGCAACAGAAGCCUGCGCAGAUCACAAAUGAUGUUGUACCUCUGGAAGAAACGUCUAAAGAUGCCACCAAAAUAAGUGUGGUAAAAGUGGCCGGCAGCAACAUCUCCCACAAGCUCCGUCUCUCUAGUGUCAAGCCGUCAGACGAGGGCACGUACGAGUGUCGUGUCAUUGACUUCAGUGGCACCGUGGCGCAGCAACACCGUGUUCGUGCCUAUCUCCAUGUGGAGCCUGGGAGCAGUCAGGGGGCGGAUGAGGUCAAGGUGCAGGAGCAAGGGCAGCGGUCACAGGGGAACCAGCCACAUCCCCACCACCAGACAGAGGGAAGGGAACUGAAGAGGAGAUCAGCUGGCAGCCCCACUGACUGUAGUGAGAGCUGUGUGCUGUAGAGUGUCUGCAUGUUCGUGACUUAUCUCUACAGAGGGACUGUCAAUAAAACACCCAUCACCACAGACUGGACCUUUGUGUUUCAGCGUUUGUUUGUCCAUGUUUAAUAUUGCUGUUCAGAUUGCCAAUGCUGUUGAAUGCCAAUAGAGGGCGCCAUUUUAUUUUGUGUACAUAUAAAUGUGUUCUUUUCUGUUGCUUUCUUAUUUUCUGUUUUUUCCCCCAAAUGUAUUAGGUUUCUGUUAUUGUGAAAGUAAGGCUGUAAUCACAGAACAUAUGUUUUUGUUAUUUUUGUAUUUUGGACUCUUUAAGUGGACCCAGAACUUUUCCUCACAAAAUUAUCCAAACUACCAGAAUUAUCAUCAAUGUCAUAAAAAUAAAAAGGGGAUGCAGACCAUAGACUUAUAUAUAGAUGCAGACACAGAACAGACCAUUUACCAGUUAUACUGUCUUUUACCAAAACAUAUGCCAAAGGUUGCAGUAUUUUAAUGUUAAGGCUUUCUAAGAAAUAAAGGAUAUAUCAAGCGUUCUUUCAUUUAUCUGAGAACAUUUCCAACUGCAUUGUUUUUAUUCGCGUAAUCUUUGUUAAAGCUGUAUCUGUAUUAAGCUUUCUAAACCACAACUGUAAUGUUUGUCAAAAUAAAAAUGUAUGCCUUCAUCACAUCAAAUAAUGUAUUCAUUCUUAUUUAAUCUUAGCACU